CCCUCCUUCUUCACCUUUGUCAAUUUCUGCACUUUCAUUAAACGUCGUGUUGUUUCCCAGGCUAGGAAAUAAGUUCACAGGCUUUAUUUGAGCUUUGGAAGACAGAGGGCACCACCAGAAGAGAAAAGCCUAUACGUUUUUUUUGGAUUUCCCUGGAAGUCGAGUGGGACCCGCCAAAUUGAGGGGGAAGUAUACAGUUUAGAGCAGUGAGCCAUCGAAUCGAAAAGGCUGCAGUAGCAACUGAGUUAGAAGCGUGCAACAUUGUUGCAGUGAGGUUGUGACUGCGCGGACAAGGGAAUAGCACUCUGCAAUGCUUAACUUGAGAGCAUUUUAUCAGAAUUUUCUAUUGUAAACUUUUCUCAAAUUCGAAUUAAAUCCCUGGUGUUUAACAGGAAUACAAUAUAUUUUCAAAAAGGAUAAAAAAUGCCGGACCAAAUUACAGUUUCGGAGUUCGUGGCGGAGACAAAUGAAGAUUAUAAAGCGCCGACGGCUUCAAACUUCACCACUAGAAUGUCCCACUGUCGGAAUACCGUUACUGCUUUGGAGGAGGCGCUGGAUGUGGACCGCAGCGUGCUGUACAAGAUGAAGAAGUCAGUCAAGGCCAUCUACACCUCGGGUCUCGCCCAUGUGGAGAAUGAGGAGCAGUACACCCAGGCUCUGGAGAAGUUUGGGGAGAACUGUGUCUACAGGGACGACCCCGAUCUGGGUUCUGCCUUCCUCAAGUUCUCGGUCUUCACCAAGGAGCUCACCGCCCUCUUCAAAAACCUGUUCCAGAACAUGAACAACAUCAUCACCUUCCCUCUGGACAGCCUGCUGAAAGGAGACCUGAAAGGAGUCAAAGGGGACCUGAAAAAGCCAUUUGAUAAGUCCUGGAAAGACUAUGAAACAAAAGUCUGCAAAGGACAUUCUUUACUGAAAGGCACUAAGAUCGAGAAGGAGAAGAAGGAGCACGCGCGGCAGCACGGCAUGAUCCGCACUGAGAUCAGCGGGGCGGAGAUCGCAGAGGAGAUGGAGAAGGAGAGGAGGUUCUUCCAGCUGCAGAUGUGUGAGUAUCUUCUCAAAGUGAACGAGAUCAAGAUCAAGAAAGGGGUGGACCUACUCCAGAAUCUCAUCAAAUAUUUCCACGCACAGUGCAAUUUUUUUCAGGACGGGCUGAAAGCAGUAGACAACCUCAAACCAUCCAUAGAGAAACUAGCCACAGACUUACACACGAUAAAGCAGGCCCAGGACGAGGAGAGGAAGCAGCUCACUCAGCUACGGGACGUCCUCAAGUCAGCGCUGCAGGUGGAGCAGAAGGAGGAUUCCCAGGUGCGACAGAGCGCUACCUACAGUUUGCACCAGCCGCAGGGAAACAAGGAGCACGGUACUGAGCGCUGUGGGAACCUCUACAAGAAGAGUGACGGGCUAAGGAAAGUGUGGCAGAAGAGAAAGUGUUCAGUGAAGAACGGAUACCUCACCAUAUCACAUGGGACGGGGAACCGACCGCCGGCAAAACUCAACCUCCUCACCUGUCAGGUGAAACAUAACCCAGAAGAGAAGAAGAGCUUUGACCUCAUCUCACAUGACAGAACCUAUCACUUUCAGGCCGAGGACGACCCAGAAUGUCAGAUAUGGAUCUCUGUGCUGCAGAACAGCAAGGAGGAAGCACUGAAUAAUGCAUUUAAAGGGGACCAGCACGUUGGGGAGAACAACAUAGUGCAGGAACUGACCAAGGCCAUCCUGGGAGAGGUCAAGAGGAUGACGGGCAACGACAUCUGCUGCGACUGUGGCGCUCCCAACCCUACCUGGCUCUCCACCAACCUGGGCAUCCUGACCUGUAUUGAGUGUUCUGGGAUCCACAGGGAGCUGGGAGUCCAUUACUCUAGGAUCCAGUCUCUCACACUGGAUGUCCUCAGCACCUCUGAACUCUUGCUGGCCAAGAACGUGGGGAAUGCAGGCUUUAACGACAUCAUGGAGGCGUGUCUAUCUGCGGAAGAUGUGGUCAAACCCAACCCUGCUAGUGACAUGCAAGCCCGUAAGGACUUCAUCACAGCCAAGUACACAGAGAAGCGUUUCGCCAGGAGGAAUUGUCCAGACGGGGCGUCCAAGCUGCACACCCUGUGUGAUGCGGUCAAGGCCCGGGACAUCUUCUCUCUGAUCCAGGUGUACGCGGAGGGAGUUGACCUGAUGGAGCCCAUCCCCCUGGCCAACGGACAUGAACAAGGAGAGACGGCCCUUCACCUAGCGGUCAGACUAGUGGACAGGACCUCGCUCCAUAUCGUCGACUUCCUCACUCAAAACAGUGUGAACCUGGACAAACAGACAGCCAAAGGCAGCACGGCCCUCCACUACUGCUGCCUGACUGACAACAUGGAGUGUUUGAAACUGCUGCUGCGGGGCAAGGCAUCCAUAGACAUUGCUAAUGAGUCUGGGGAGACGCCGCUGGACAUCGCUAAGAGACUGAAGCACCUGCAGUGUGUGGAGCUGCUGAACACGGCGUUGGCGGGGAAGUUCAACGUCCACGUGCACGUAGAGUACGAGUGGCGUCUGCACCAUGAAGACAUGGACGAGAGUGACGAGGACCUGGAUGAGAAGGUGAGGCCCAGCCCCCACCGGCGAGAGGAACGCCCGGUCAGCUGCUACACCCCUGGCUCCAACUCCCACCGCCAGCCCAGCCCUGCUUCCCUGGCACGGGACGCUUCCAGUCUGGCCAAGGACAAGCAGCGUGGUGGAUACAUGCCCAACCUGGUCAACAACGAGACCUACGGCACCAUCCUCAACGCCAGCCCCCCCGCGCCCGGGGGGCCCACCCCCACCUCUGCACCCCCCCUGCCCCCACGAAACAUAGUCCAGUUGUCAGGUCUGGGUGGGAUGGUCCAGUCAUCAGGGUCCUCUGGGUGGAAGCCUGGCUCUAUAGACCUGGGGGUCCGACAGAGGUCCUCCUCAGACCCCCCCAAUAUCCACCCCCCCGUACCCCCCAUGAGGGUCACCUCAACCACUGGUCUUGCUCCUCCCCCCGUGGCCAAGACAGUGAGUAUGAUAGAGGCGAUGAACCAACAGUCUAAACCAGGGACCGGACAGGGCCACAACAGAGCCCCCACACCUAAGUCUCCUUCUGGCAACGACAAAAGCUUCAGCAAAGGACCGACUCGAACUGGGUCCAUCGAAAGACCAGCUAAAGAAGUGCCGGGAUCGCUGCCUCCCGCCCCCAUGCCUAGGAAGACCUAUCCGAAGCAGAGGCCCAAGCGGGUGAAGGCCAUCUACAACUGUAUGGCGGACAAUGCAGACGAGCUGACCUUCUCUGAGGGGGAGGUGAUCGUGGUGGAUGGGGAGGAGGACCAGGAGUGGUGGCUGGGCCACAUCGAAGGAGAACCUAUGAGGAGGGGGGCUUUCCCCGUCACAUUCGUACACUUCAUCAUGGACUGAAAGUCAAAGGUCAACACAGGACCUGGAAUGGAAACCAUGGAAAUGCCCUCCACCUCCCCACAUUUUUGUGGAGAAAUUAUCUUUGUCAUCAUCAAAGCUUGUGCCUGCACCGACACUAAAGAAGAGUGAAGUGUCGAUGCCCAAUGCUUUGGCUAUACAGUCUGUGUUGCCAUGACAACAGAUACACCCUUUACUCCAGGAAUGUCAUGUGACUCUUUUAGGCCAAGCCUGCAAAGGCUCGGGGGGGAAACUGUGUUUAGACUUCUGACACCAUCUGACAUAAAAAAAACGAUGAUUGUAGUAGAUAACCUCUUGCAAUAAAAUGCACUUUCUGCUUAUUUAUCCUGGUCGCGACAUUUAGAGGAUUAUUGACAAAAUGAAGGUUCUGUUAAUAAGUAUUUCACUCUGUUGUCUUUGGUUUUGUGAAUUGUACAGACAGUUCUUCAAGGACAGCUGACGGGGGCAGUAAUGUGUAUCUUUAGGAUUUCUUUCACUUAUUGUUAAUGUGAAUAUAGUCAAUAUGCUUACAUUCCAUCUCCUUGCAUGGUUAAAGGGUGAACAUAUUUUUUAAACGCUUAACUGCUUAAUAGGCAAAUACAUGUAAACUUUAUAGGACUCACAAUGUGGGAAGCAAACUCAGUGGUGUAGUGGUGCCUGGAGAAGUGGGUAUACUAUAAUUUGGCAAAAAUAAAAUACCAAAGGCCUGCCUGGUGAAGGUGUGGAAAAACUCUGACAAAAAAUGAUAAAUCACAUGUUGGUCUUUAACAGUAAGGCCAACCCAAGCGGUACUGUGCAAGUGGGCUAAUAGUAAUUCAGUCAAACAAAUUCUCUCCAAGUCACACUUUUUAAUAGAACAUCCAAUUUAGUUGUUUUUCUAAGUCCACAACAAUGCCACACCAGGAGACCACUUUUGAGGUGUGCUAAAAAUCAAAUGUAUUUUUUCUGUAGUAAUUAUCCUUUAAUUCAACUGUGCAGACACCUAUCACUCUUUGGUUAGCGGUGUUUCUGUAAUGCACAUGAGAUGGAGUUGUCAAAACAAAUGGCCACCGGAUUGAUGCAAAUAAUCAUGCUGCCAGGUAGGAUAGGCCCCUUUGUAGCUAGUUAACAUUUAAUUUAGAGUUUUUGGGGGGAAAGCCUUUCCAUCUAGGCUACAAGAAGAUUAUUAGGCCUAUGAUUAGCUUUGCUAUAUUUUUCCUGUUCCUUAAUUAUUAAACGUCCAGGUUUCAAACGUCAUGUUAUGGGGCAUGUCCUACAUUCUUAAAAGUAGCCUAUAGUUAAAAUCCCACCAUAUAUAAACAUGGAGGUAAUUAUUUUAGACAUCCUCAUAUUCACGCUCCGGCUCUAUUGGUUUCUAAAUCCGCUUUCUUUCAUUGUUUAUCACACAAAGGCAUUAUCGUAGUCAUAUUAGCAACCCGUAAUAAUUGUUGCGUCUUUAGAGCUUCCCUCUUUCAAAAUGUCUCUGUCCAUGAAACCGCUCGCAUGUGCAGUGCACAUUUUAGAAUGAGUUUUCCUGCUAAUUGCAUUUUGGAACAUUUGCGUGUGACCCUACCGCCAUGUGCACAUUACUGCGCUUAAAAUGUGAAGAAAUAAUAGUUCAACGUUUUAAGCUAAACAUUCUGAUCUGAUCCAUCAGCCUUAUUCAUUGAUACGGCGUAUCCCUCCACCACACUAGCCUACUUUGAUAUACAUCGUGGGAUUAAGAAAUUGAGUAUACCCUCCACUACACCACUAGCUAAACAUAAUUCAAAAUGGUGCUAACCCAGUAAUAUGCUAGGAGUCCUCCCCUAUGGGUGAUCCACUGUCCCCAUUUCUAGACAAUUUAGGCCUGUAUUUAACUGGGAGAACCCAGGCUCACUAUCCUACUGUGUGCGCUGACCUGCAUGCGUGCAUGUGCAUAUCAGCUUGAAACAAUAGAAGUUACUUACAGCACAUCAUCUCCAUUUAGAUGGCCUACAGUGUGGUACCAGAUUUACUGCAUUAGCCCGUCUGACAUUUUUACUCUGUUUAUAAAAUGCCUCAUUGUUGCACUUCUUACCCUUUUGGUAUAAUAUCAAUAUCAUCAGUGAAAUGGAUGUUGUGAACUAUCUGAGCUGCAUAGAUCACACUUUAAAUGUGAACCACCAUCUUUCUGUGGCUCUGGUCAAAAGUAGUGCACUAUAUUUGGGACAUAGACAGUGAGAGAGAGAUCUGCAGAGGGGUUUAUGCACCUCAUGGGGCAAGGGUGAUGGCUCCUGUCCUGUGGCUCUUUUAUCUGUGUGGACAGCAGGCUAUCAAAUGGCACACACACAGAGGUACAUGUGGACACACAUGCACAUAGUUGUCAUUGUGCUAAAAAUAACUUGUCCUUUGAGGUGACAUUGUAAGGGGGAUGGCAAUACCAAAUGACACACUUGAAAGGACAAUGCAACUACUUUUAUGCACUCUUACACACACACACACACACCUACCAUAGUAUUCAAUCUGAUUCAUAGUGCUCAGCCUAUAAUUCUACCAUAGUCCACAACUUGAUUACUAGCUGGGACCAGCAUUAGUUACAGACCACCCUUGUUUUAUAUAUCCUAGGUCCCAUACUGAAGAGUAUGUUUUAAACUUUAAUAUUCUUACAAAGCAUUUGACGUAAUGUCUGAUUUUGGUUGCAGAGCAACUCUUAUCUAUACAUGUUUGAUGUUUAAUCUUAAAUGGGACAUACACUACCCUCAAUUGUGAAUGAACUACGAUAGACGACGACAAGAGGCGUCGCAUGUAAAAAUGUAUGUGUCACACUGUUCCUCCCCAUAUUAACUCACUGGAAAUGGGAUGGUUCAUCUGUAAAUGUACAUAGAUAUUUAAAUGUAUGAAAUAAGAGUUCACGACCUUGGCAGUAACUGUCUUUGAAUGCACUGCGGUGACGUGCUGUUUUCUAGCUGGUGUUCAGUGUGUAGUCUAGCAGUGUACACACAAACCCAAGGCUGAGAAGCUAUUCCAUUCACACUCAUUGACUCUGGAUCACAGCAUUGACUCUAACCUAUUGUGCAAAAUAAAUUGAGAAAUUGAAACUGGAAUAAUAAAAUUAAAUAAUUCCCA